GAUCGGCGCACAGCACACGCGCAAGUACGGCUCAUCGCCUGCUUGAGCCGUUCAGUCCAGUGCAGUCCAUGAUAGAGAUUGUGCUGGCCAUUGUCUUGGCGUUGAAUAGACGCACAUAACCUAGACGUGCUGUGCAGAAUAAUGCUUUCUUUCGGAGGCACUUUGGUGUUGUUCGCGGGAUUGGUACUGCGGACAACCUCGAUGCAGGUUGCGGCGCAGGUUGGGGACCAUUGGACCGAGCGUUCGCAGAUUUUACAAUCGGAAUGGCGCCAAUCGCUGGGAGGUAGUCUCACGCUUGGACCCGAAGAAUGCGAGGCCAACGACACGCUCAUGAAAUACAAAACUGCAGAAUGGGAGCAAGGAUUUCAACGGCCGGGCGAGUAUCCCCCUAAUAUGCACUUCUUCCAGGGGAAACUGGCCAUGGAAAACUCGACGAUAUUCAAGAUCCUCAAGCAGAUGCCUAAAGGUGUACUCCUGCAUACGCAUGACUUCGGCAUGCUGUCCUUCGAAGGUCUAUUGAAGUUGACCUACACCGACGAUCUGUACGUGUGCGAUGAGCCACAGCUUGGUUUGAAAUUCCGAUUCUUCAAGACACCAGAUAACUCAUCGUGUCUGCAGGGUUGGCAGCUGCUGGCGGAUCUGCGCCGUUUGUCCGAGAAAGACAUAAACGCACACAUCCGCAAAGAACUGAGUUUGGUGGUCGACGACCCUCAUUCUACAUACCCAACUAUUGACGCUGUUUGGUCCAAAUUCCAAAGCAUCUACGUCAAAGUAGCUCCCAUUGUGACCUACAAGCCCGUUUUCGACAAAUACUUUUAUCGCGCACUGAAGGAAUUGCAUGAUGAUCAGGUCUGGUAUGUCCAGGUGCGCACAACGUUGCCAGACCUCUACGAUCUAAUGGGACGACAAUACCGAGGGGGUCAGGUCGUCAAGGCCUACAAGGAGAUCACCGAGAAGUUCAAACGCGCACAUCCGAAGUUCAUUGGCGCCAAACUUAUUUACGCGCCCCCGCGUCACGUGACCAACGAGACAAUGGCAGGCUAUGUGGCGACGUUCACCAACAUCAAGGCGGCGUUUAACGAUUUUGUGCUUGGCUUUGAUCUAGUCGGGCAGGAAGAUAAGGGCGCACCGCUGAAAGAUUUCCUGCCGCACUUGCUUCCGAUGAAGGAGACGUGCGACUUCUUCUUCCAUGCAGGCGAGACCGAUUGGUUUGGGUCCACAACCGACGAAAACCUAGUCGACGCCAUUCUGCUCGGUACCAAACGCAUCGGCCAUGGCUAUGCCCUGCUUAAACACCCAGUUCUAAUGCAGCGUGUUCGCGACGAGGCCAUUGUUCUCGAAGUGUCUCCAAUUAGCAAUCAGGUCCUGAAACUGGUGGAAGACAUUCGCAACCAUCCAGGCGCUGUGUUCGGUGCCACUGCAAUGCCGAUGGUAGUAACCAAUGAUGACCCAACCUAUUGGGACGCGAAGGGCGUGAGUUACGAUUGGUAUAUGGCGUUCAUGGGCAUGGCAAAUCGGCACAGCGAUCUGCGUUAUCUGAAGAUGUUGGCACUGAAUUCGAUCUACCACAGUGGAUUGCGCUCUGGUGAGAUAACCCAGCUGAUGGUGCAAUGGCUGCCAGAAUGGGCUGAGUUUGUGCGCAAAUUAUCAAAUGAUGCAAUUAAUUAAAUCGAGAAAUAAAACUGUGUCCCGGCGAUUA